AUGGAGGAGGCGGAACUCGGGGCCGGGACUGUUGCUUCGACCAGGAUGGCCCCAAAGGAGAACAAAAGAACUUUGAGUUUUAGUGAAAAGCACCAGAAAUUAGUAGAGGAAAAUUACUCUAAAAUGUUGAAUAUUGAGGCAAUGAAAGUAGUAGAACGUCAAAUCAGGAACCAAAGAGUGAAGAAUGAUUACGAUAACCGAAUUGAGCGCAAGAGAUUCCUUCGAGUGUUACACAAUGAACAGUUUGAGUUGGAUAUGGAAGAAGCUAUCCAGAAUGCAGAAGAAAACAGAAGAAUGCGGGAACUGCAGCUUGAACAAGAAGAGAAACUGGCUCAGGAACUGGCCAGACUGAAACAUGAGAGCUUGAAGGAUGAGAAAAUGCGGCAGCAAGUGAGAGAGAACAGUCUUGAGCUUCGAGAAUUGGAGAAGAAAUUAAAAGCGGCUUAUAUGAAUAAAGAAAGGGCAGCCCAGAUUGUGGAAAGGGACGCCAUAAAAUACGAGCAAAUGAAACGUGAUGCUGAUAUACACAGAAUCAUGAAGGAGGAACACGAGCGGGCGCUGGCCGAGGAGAGUGCCGCCCAGGACCGGCGGAACAAAGAAAAGGCUCAGUACCAUUUUGACCUGGAGAAACAGCUGGAGGAACAGGAAAGAAGAAAGCAAGACGCUUAUGAGCAGUUGCUGAAGGAGAAACUCAUGAUCGAUGAAAUCGUGAGGAAGAUCUAUGAAGAAGAUGAACUGGAAAAACAACACAAGUUAGAGAAAAUGAACGCAACCCGCAAGUAUAUUGAAGAGCUUCAGAAAGAGCAGACUCUGUGGAGAAAUAAGAAACGUGAGGAGAUGGAAGAAGAAAACAGAAAAAUCCUAGAGUUUGCCAAGAUACAGCAGCAGAGAGAACAAGAACGAAUUGCAAAAGCUCAAGAGCAUGAGGAGAGAAGGCUACAGCUGCAGAAACAGGCAGCUCAGAAGUUGGAAGAAACGUUGCGGCAUCGUGACGAUUUGGAAGAAGCACGGCAAGAGCUGUACCAGGAAGAGUGGGCCGACAUGUGCAAGAGGAAGCUCAAAGAGGAAGCAGAAAACAAACUGAGAAAGCAGAGAGAGAUGAAGCAAGAUUUUGAAGACCAAAUGGCACUGAGAGAACUUAUACUACAAGCCGCAAAAGAGGAAGAGGAGAACUUCAGAAAAGCCACGCUAGCGAAGCUCGCCGAGGACGACCGCAUAGAGCUAAUGAAUGCUCAGAAGCAGAGGAUGAAGCAGCUGGAACACAAGCGGGCGGUGGAGAAACUGAUUGAGGAGCGGCGCAACCAGUUCCUUGAGGACAAGCGGCGGGAGCUGGAGGAGUGGCAGCUGCAGCAGAGUCGGCAAGGCUGCAUCAAUGCCAUCGUUGAAGAAGAAAGGCUGAAACUCCUCAAAGAGCAUGCUACCAAACUGCUGGGCUAUCUCCCUAAGGGAGUAUUUAAAAAAGAAGAUGAUCUCGACCUGCUUGGUGAAGAGUUCGGGAAUAGGUAUAAGAAAAAGUGAAUUCGGUGAAGCAAACUGAAACCCCGCCGAAUCUGGUAAAAUGCAGUUCUGUGUGCAACCACUAAGUGUCGCUGUAGGUGUAUGUUACAGCUCAGUGCGGUGCAGAUCCAUUGUGCCUUGUUAUAUUUCCUAAUUCAAAAACCAUUGUGAGAUAAAAAUUAAAGUUACUUUGUUGGGAAACUUACUUUGUAAUUUUUAUACUGAUAACCGGAAGAUCUGAAUUCUAAGCUAUAGCUCGUAGAGCCCUAUUCUGCCUUCCUCUUCCAGAAUAUACAAUGUUUUCAAGCGUA